UUAAAAUAAAUGCAUCACUUCUCUAACAUUUUUAAAACUUAUCUUUGGUAUUUCUGUCCUUUAAUUUCCUCUCAUUUAUCGGCCGACACAUAAACAGAUAUAUCAGCAAUUAGCCAAUAACCGGCUGAUAAUUGUUCACCUAUCGGUCGGGCUCAACGUCAUCAGCUCGUCUUAUAAAGUCUUAAUUCAGAAUUAUCAUACAUAUUCUUAUUGUUCCGCUCUUUCUCUUCUCCUGGUGGACUUUAUAACAUAAUUAAUAAACUUUCAUGUUGUAAUAUUUCCGUCAUGUCGGACAGAAACUCUCGUCCGCGCGGGUUUCUUCAGUCGCGCGCUUUUCAGUCACUCUGCGCGCACGAGCGGCGCGCGCCAGCAGCAGUUUCCAGCUGUUUCUCCUCCGGUCGGUCCGGCGGCUGUCUGUCUCUCCCCGGCUCCGUGUGUCCUCUGCUCCCCGGUUCUCCUGCUGCUCCUCCGGACGGAAGCUCUCCGCCGCCGCCGCCGCGUCUCUGCUCUCUGGAUCCGGCUGUGUGGCUCGGUUCUCCCGCUUCUCCGUCCCCGUUAGACAAGCCUCUCCCUGCCGGUUCUCCUGGCCCUGUCCCGGUCUCUCUCAGACAUGGGGGGUUGGAGCGUCGUGGUUCCGGUUUUGCUGUCAGUCAUCGGUGCUCAGCUGGCGGCGGGAGUCCCGGACGGAACGGACGGACCGGACCGACAAGUGAUUGACGUGUUGAGUCUCCAGGACUCAAAGCAGAGUGUUGCAGCGGUGGAGAAGCUGUCAGGUGGUCUGAGCGCGCUCAAUGACGUCUACGUGGUGUCGACGUUUCGGCUGCCGUCAAAGCUGGGAGGAGUCCUGCUGGGUCUCUACAGCAAAGAGGACAACAGGAAGUACCUGGAGGUUGCUGUCAUGGGGAAGAUCAAUAAAGUGCUGGUGCGUUACGUCAGAGCUGACGGGAAGCUUCACACUGUCAGCCUGCAGAAUGCCAACCUGGCCGACGGGCGGAGUCACUCCAUCAUCCUGCGACUCGGCGGCCUUCACCGUGACAACAUGCAAAUGGAGCUGUACGUCAACUGCCGAUUGGCCGACUCCAGCCAGGGUCUGCCGCCGUUGGUUCCUCUGCCCAGAGAGGCGGAGAUGGUGGAGAUCCGACACGGACAGAAGGCGUACGCUCGACUCCAGGGUGCAGUGGAGUCCCUCAGACUGGCUCUGGGGGGCAGCGUUGCCAAAGCCGGAGCUCUGACUGACUGUCCGUUCCAGGGAGACUCCUCAGCCUACAACUCAGUGAGCGGGGAGGUGCACUCUAUCCUGGGUGAUCACACCAAGGCUCUGAUUGGUCAGCUCAUCAUCUUUAACCAGAUCCUGGGAGAGCUGCGACAGGACAUCAGAGAACAGGUGAAGGAGAUGUCUCUGAUCAGAAACACCAUCCUGGAGUGUCAGGUUUGUGGUUUCCACGAACCUCGUUCCCGCUGCUCCCCCAACCCCUGCUAUAAGGGCGUGGCCUGCAUGGAGAGCAUGCAGUAUCCAGGAUACACCUGUGGACCCUGUCCACCUGGAACCAGCGGCAACGGGACACACUGCCGCGACAUCGACGAGUGUGAGCUGCAGCCCUGUUUCUCUCCUGACGCCUGUGUGAACACUAUGGGAGGGUUCAGCUGUCAGCCAUGUCCUCCUGGCCUGUGGGGGGCGCCGCUGGUUGGAACUGGACUGGAUUACGCAAAGACACACAAGCAGGUCUGUGGAGAUAUUGAUGAGUGUUUAGAUCUACCUGACGCCUGCGUACCGAACUCUGUCUGCAUCAACACUGUGGGUUCAUUUAAGUGUGGAGGCUGUAAACCGGGUUUCCUUGGUAACCAGACGUCAGGUUGCUUCCCCAGGAAGUCAUGUGCUACGUUGACCUUUAACCCCUGUGACAACAAUGCUCACUGCACCAUGGAGAGGAACGGAGAGGUUUCCUGUACGUGUAACGUGGGCUGGGCAGGUAACGGGAACACAUGCGGUGUGGACACGGACAUCGACGGUUACCCAGACCGCUCGCUGCCCUGCAUGGACAACGACAAACACUGCAAACAGGACAACUGUGUCUUCACUCCAAACUCGGGUCAGGAGGACGCCGACAACGACGGGAUCGGAGAUCAGUGUGACGAAGACGCAGACGGAGACGGUAUCAAGAACGUGGAGGAUAACUGCCGUUUAGUCCCCAACAAAGACCAGCAGAACUCUGACAGCGACUCGUUCGGAGACGCGUGUGAUAACUGUCCCAACGUCCCCAACAGUGACCAGAAGGACACGGACAGUAACGGACAGGGAGACGCCUGCGACCAGGACAUCGACGGGGACGGUAUCCCAAAUGUUCUGGAUAACUGUCCGAAGGUUCCAAACCCGAUGCAGACGGACCGAGACAGAGACGGAGUCGGAGACGCCUGUGACAGCUGUCCUGAACUCAGCAACCCCAUGCAGACGGACAUCGACAACGACCUGGUGGGAGACGUUUGUGACACCAACCAGGACACGGACGGAGACGGGCUGCAGGACAGCAGAGACAACUGUCCCGACAUCCCCAACAGCUCCCAGCUGGACUCUGACAACGACGGCCUCGGAGACGACUGUGACCAUGACGACGACAACGACGGUGUCCUCGACGACUACGACAACUGCCGACUCAUCGUUAACCCCAACCAGAAGGACUCUGAUGUGAACGGUGUUGGAGACGUCUGUGAAAACGACUUUGAUAACGACGCUGUGAUGGAUUUGAUCGACGUAUGUCCGGAGAGCGCCGAGGUCACGCAGACAGACUUCAGAGCCUAUCAGACGGUCAUUCUGGACCCGGAGGGCGACGCCCAGAUCGACCCAAACUGGGUGGUGCUGAAUCAGGGGAUGGAGAUCGUCCAGACCAUGAACAGCGAUCCUGGACUCGCUGUGGGCUAUACGGCGUUUAACGGCGUCGACUUUGAGGGGACGUUCCACGUCAACACGGUGACCGACGAUGACUACGCCGGCUUCAUCUUCGGCUACCAGGAUUCCUCCAGUUUCUACGUGGUGAUGUGGAAACAGACGGAGCAGACGUACUGGCAGUCCAUCCCCUUCCGCGCCAUGGCCCAGCCCGCCCUGCAGCUCAAGGCGGUGAAGUCUCGGACCGGACCAGGUGAGUUUCUGAGGAAUGCUCUGUGGCACACCGGAGACACACAUGGAGAGGUGAAGCUCCUCUGGAAGGACCCCCGCAACGUCGGCUGGAGGGACAAAACUUCAUACCGCUGGCAGCUCAGCCAUCGGCCCCAGGUGGGCUACAUCAGGGUGAGGCUGUUUGAGGGGAUGGACAUGGUGGCGGACUCCGGCGUUGUGACUGACACCACGAUGAGAGGCGGCAGGCUCGGCGUCUUCUGCUUCUCACAGGAAAACAUCAUCUGGUCGAACCUGCGCUACAGAUGUAACGACACGGUGCCCGAAGACUUCCAGUCUCAUCGUAAACAAGUUCUGAUGCAUAUUCAGGUGAGUACAGGUGUCAGAGCAGCAGUCUGGGGAAACACUGACGAGAAGCACCUGAAGGCACCAUCAGUGUUGGUCUGUGAGGCGUUUAAAGUGUCUCAGAUCGCGUCCACACUAAGCGGUUAGACUCAUGAACGCAUCUUUUCUCCAUUUUGUUCCUCCGUCCAGACUAAAACUGUUUGAAAACGGAGUUUUUCUAAACGUCCUCCAGAGUGUGUAAACGUGAAAACAGAGCUUUGUAGAAACGCUGUCAUAUCGCUGACAGAACAGAUGGUGGCAGCAGCGCAGCGUUUCAAUGGAAGAGGAAGAAGAAGAAACAAUGGCGGACGACUUCAUGCGAGUUUUGUUCUCUUUAUUUCUACUUUGACAGCUUGUUUAGAGUUAAACGUUAUCGACCAUCUUUCUCUGCUUAGACUAAACAUCAGGAAGCUUUAUAACGAUUCUUCUUCACUGGUUUUCUGUGGCAGCUCGUCUGUCCUCUGCACAUGCCCAGUAGGAGCAGAAUGACCUGUUUUGGCGUUUUAAUGUGGACGGAGGUAUUUGCAGCAACGAGCUGAACCUGCUGCUGUGGACGCAGGUCGAUUUUACUUGAAACUUUACUUGUUUUUACUAGGAACAAGGAGCAGGUUCAGUCCUCUGAUGGACACACCUGCGUAGGCCACGCCCACUGAGGGGCGGAGCCUGAGAGAGAAAAACACUCACACACACACAGGAGCAACUGUUUUAAUGAAAACCUUCCACUUCAUGUGUUACAACAGCAGGCGGGAAGGUUUCCUCUAUUCUCAAAUCUGUCGCAGAAACAUAAAAACAUACUGGCAUCAACAUAAACACAUCGAUUGUUUCCAUGACGCCAUUGAUGCCAACGAUCAUGGAAACGUCAUCUGAGCUCCAGAGAAGGAAAGAGUCGGUGUUAUCGUCUCUGCAGACGUUCCAGAGUUCAUAUAUAUUAGCUUGUAAAUCUGUCAUAAACCGAGCAAACUGAUUAAUAAAGUGACGGACUGAUAACCCGGCCUGACACCUGAACACUGAUCAGCUUCCUGACGUUCACGCUGAAGGUCGGCAUGUUCACAUGAUCACAGGAAGUGGAUACUGUACUCACAGAUGGUGUCCUCUCACUCCAGUGAAAGAGCUCGCUGAGCGUAGAAGCUAAAAAACAUUUUGUAGUUUCUGUUUGUCUCCGUGGUGUUCGGCUGCUGCUCCGCUUGUAGACUUUACAUUGAUGACAUCACAUUUAAUGUAAAAGUCUCUUCUCUGGAUUCUGGGACAGUUUGUUAAAUAUAAAACACAAAGAGUAAUAACUGAGCUCGUCUGCAGUCCUGUCAGUAGCUUUACAGUCUUUUAUAAACGGAGCGAUUGUUUGACUGCAGUUUCAUGAAUCUGCUUCAUAAACAUUCAGAGACGAACAAGUGGAUUUAACGUCUGUCUGACUGACGGCUGCUCCAAAGACCUUCUGUCUCAUUUUCAUUCAUCAAUAUAUAUUUACAAUAUGAGAUCUGGCAGCUCCGCCUGGUCGCUGGAACAAGGUUCCAGACAUCGUGGUGUUUCUGGUGUUGAUGGUGUUGAUGGUGUUAAUGGUGUUUCUGGUGUUUCU